CGGGCCUGCGCGCCGCCCCUGGAGCGUGGCCCCGGGCAGCGGCAAAGUGACCCGGUUCCCGGCGGUGAAGUCUGCGGUGGGAUCUCUCAGGCUAAGGUACAGGUAGUCCAGUCCCUGGCAGCCUCCAGGAAGCAAGCUGCAGAAAAUCCUGUGGUCCCCCCAAAUGGCAGAACACCCAUGAGGAAGAAGAUGGACAUUCCUGAAGGGGAAACAGUGACCCCUCGGCAAAGAAGUGGAUGUGCCGCCUCCCCAACAACUGGCUCGCAGAAAACCCUGUUCUCCACAGCACAGGUGGUGCGGAGGGAAGGACCAGGCCUGCUGCUUCCUCCCUAGGGGUUGAGGGGAUGAUGAGCAUCGGAGGACCCAGAAACCUCUCCUGGCCACCAGAGAAAAACCACACUGAGUCUCGGGAGACCUCUCCAAGCAGGAAAUCAACUUUAUUGUUACAGACGCGUACCACAUGGACUGCAUGGACUUGAUCCUCUUCCUGUAUGAAAAGACCUGGCAGGAGUGCCUGCUGCAUGUGCGAGAAUGCAAGAACUCCUUUGAGGCUUUGGCUAAGCAGACAAAGUGGCAGAGCUUCGACCUCUUCACAUACUUCCCGUGGUCUGUGCAGCUGUGGGAAGAGCACCAGCGCGCACUGUCGAUGCAAGAGGGGGAGCUGGAGAAGAGGAAGGGACACCAACGGCAGAAGACCCACCUGGAGAGCCCGAAGCCAAAGAAGAGCAUAUCCUAAAAAGAUUGCAGAUACCGAAGAAAAGGAAAGAGGCUCAACUGGAAAUGAACAGAGCUGAAGGAAGCUUAAGUCAAGAGUCAGGUUCUGAUAGGCCAGCUGAAGAGAGAGAAGAAAAAGGUCAAGAAACAGACUCCUCCAUAGCCUAAGCGGGGUUGAGCCAUCCGGACCUGUUCCCGUGGUUUGUUGAGAUGAAGGAGUCCAGAGAAGAUGGUGUGCAAGAACCAGAAGAAACGCAGGGAGAAAGAGAGAAUGCCUUAGAACCAUACCGCGUCCUGGAAAUUGUGAGGAUUAUAAAAGGGCAAGAAGAGAAAGAGGAGGAGAAAAAUGAGAAGAAAGAAGAGAAGGAAGAAAAACAGGAGGAGGAAGAAGAAGGGCAAGAGAAGGAGGAAGAAAUAAAAGAGGAGGAAGAGCAGAGAGAAGAGGAGGACAAGAAGGAAGAUCAAGAGAAUUUAUACAAGGAUCAAGGAUGAAGAACCUGAAGUAGACAGUCAUUCCAUGGCGUAAUCAGAACUCACCUCCCUUAAAUGGUGGAACCACAGGGAGAGUCCAGAUGUGGAACCAUACAUCGUGACCACGGAUAGGCCAUCUGUACCCAAAAGAAGAACAGGUGUGGGAGCAAUGUGAGGGCAUGUGGCAAGAUCCAAUUUUCAAACUGAUAGAUUAAAUGCAUCUCUGCAGCAGCUUCCGAGCAAGAUAGAAUAGUGUCGAGACCGAACAGGAGAGAAAGCCGAUCACACGGCACCCCAAGUACUGCUGAAUGGAAAGAAAGUACCUGAUGCUGGGGACCAGCCUCCUCCUCAGGCUGAGAAUUUCACCGGAAAGAGAAACACCCCAUCACCAGGCCUGAAUGCACGCAUGAAACCUUUGACCAGUGUGCUGAGCACAUCAGCAGCAACACCCUAGAGUAUCAGCCAGGCAGAUGACUACCACAUCUCCUGCCUUCCUCCCAGAGAGCACACUGCUCCUGCACCAGCCGCUGAUGAUCCUGCGUGUCCUGGUGGUGUUCCUUGUCCCGAGGGCGAUCUCAGUAGUGUGGCCUCAGCUCAGUGUCCUGAGGUCAGUAGAGAGAGAGAGGCCCUCAAGCUGGAGCUGGACAAGAUGAAAAAAAUUAACAACGAGCUGAACCAGGCCAAAUGUGAUCUGGAGAAGAAAUGUGAAGAUCUGACAGCUGAGAAAGCUGCUGUGGUAUUUCAGGUGGAGGAGCUGCAGCAGCAGGUCCAUCAGAAGAGCCAAGAGGUUCAGGAUCUGCAGCAGCAGAGGGAGCAGUGCCUGGCCCUCAAGCACAGAUAUGCAGCGGCCUUUCAGCAGCUCCGGGUGGCCUGUCAGCAGCUCAAGUUUGAAAACUACACCCUGCACGAACAGUUUGCACCUCAGGGCCUGAUUGGGGACCAGCUGAAGUAUACGGUGGCCCAAACCAGGGUGGCAGCUGACAUUGCAGAGACUGAUCUUGUUGUGACAGACACCCUAUGUAGUGGAGACAGCAUGGUGGAUCAGAAGAGCCAGGAGGCUCGUGAUCUUGAGGAGCAGCUGCACCAGUGCCUGACCCACCUGCAGCGCUAUGAAGGGUGCCACCCGCAGCUCCGGGCUGCCUAUGAUCGCCUCAGAGGUGAGCAGGAGGCGCUGCACAGGCAGUUGGUGCUGCAGAGCCAGCACGUGGUCCUGCUGCAGCACAGCGAGGCCCAGGCCAAGAUGGAGGCCCAGAGAGCCCAGCAGGAACUGCAGGAGGCGCAGACUCAAAUCACGAUGCUCGAAGCAUGCGUCCUGGAGCUGAAGGAGCUCAUGGAGGACGUCUACCAUAAGUGUGUGCUGCUCUCUGCAGAGUCCGACAGCACUGGAGAUUACACUGCCAUCACUCAGCACCAGAGGGCAUCGAUGAAGGCACAUGCCAUAGAAAAAGAGAAUUGCAUUAGUGUUCUGAAGCAGGAGGAGGAGGAGAUGCAGAUCAAGUUGUCGGCGCGGCAGCAGCUCGGACCAAGACAGGAAAAGAAGGGUUGGUGGAAGUUCUUUGGAUCCCUCCUGAAUACUGCUAAUCAGCCCACUCCAGGGCUCCCAGGAACCCAGGAUGGCAGCACUUCUGACCAACAUGGUAGAACACCUGGAAGGCAUGGGCCAGGAGAAUCUGCCAGGCCAAAUUGAUACCGGCCAGAACCGCCUCAGCUCCUGUGACAAGCCCUGUAUCCCUUUUUUCUACAAGGAUUAUGAUAUUAUUAUUAUUUAAAAGCUUCCUGCAGGACAGCCCUAAACCUGGAGUGGGAUCACAGGCCCAGCACUCUCCAUCCACCUCUGGUCAUCUCAGAGGACGAUCACCAUACUCAUGGGCCUCUACACAAAACCAGGCAAGGCAGCGUGGAUUGGGGCUGUUCAAGCUUUUACCUUCUGCAGCAGGGAUGACCCCUGUAGGAAAGCAUAUUUUGGGGCAUCUCUCUGAUGUAUCUUCCAUGCUAUCAUUUCAUUAUCAAUAAAUAGACUUAAUCAUCCUGCUGGUC